GUCUGUGUGUGUCUGUGCGCCUCCUGCUCUCUCGCCUUUCCCCAUUCCCCCCACCCCCCCUCUCUUCCGCUCGCUCGCUCCGGGUCUCCCUCCUUCCCUCUUCACACCCACCUCACCUCCUCUCCUCCCUCUUCGCGUGUCCAAGAAAGGAACCACCAGGCGGGAACGGCGUGAGCGCAGCUGGGGCUGGAGCCGGAUCGACCCCGUUCGUCUCCAGAGGCGGCGGCACGGGCGCAGGAGCUCCGGAUCGGCGCUCAAGAAGUAAGAGUCCGCGCUGAUGUACACGUUGCUGAUUUCUUCUACCUAGACAUACUCCAGAGCAGCAGCUCUGCCCUGCCGCCGUGAUCUGUAAUCGCCGUUCCAAAAGACAACAGUUUAGAAAGGUUGUCGGCGGCCCAAGCUCUGAGCUUCAGCCUGCAUCUAGCUAGCGCAGAUGUCGUUCCGCAGCAUAGUUCGUGAUGUCAGGGACGGUUUCGGCAGCCUGUCGAGGCGGAGCUUCGAGGUGACCAUCUCCGGCCUGUCCGGCCUCACCGGGCACCACAGGGGCAAGUGCCAGAGCACGGUGCACGAGCUCCGCGACGCCGAUCUCAUAGUCCAGGAGAGCCGCUGGGCGAGCCUCCCUCCCGAGCUCCUCAGCGACGUGAUCCGGAGGCUGGAGGCAAGCGAGAGCACAUGGCCGUCGCGCAAGCAUGUGGUGUCCUGCGCGGCCGUUUGCAAGGCGUGGAGGGAGAUGUGCAGGGAGAUUGUUACGAGCCCAGAGUUUUGCGGAAAGCUCACCUUCCCCGUGUCUCUAAAGCAGCCUGGCCCUCGAGAUGGAAUGAUUCAGUGUUUUAUAAAGCGAGAUAAAUCGAAGUCUACUUAUCAUCUCUACUUGUGCCUGACUAAUGCGGUACUUGUGGAGAAUGGAAAGUUCCUCUUGUCUGCUAAAAGGAUCCGCAGGACAACCUGCACAGAAUAUGUUAUCUCAAUGGAUGCUGAAAACAUCUCAAGAUCAAGCAGCACCUAUAUUGGAAAACUGAGGUCAAACUUCCUCGGCACAAAAUUCAUAGUAUAUGACACGCAGCCCCCCUACAAUGGGGCUUUAGUUCCUCCGGUUGGACGGAGUAGCCGGAGAUUCAACUCCAAGAAAGUGUCUCCCAAGGUGCCAUCCGGCAGCUACAACAUAGCUCAGGUGUCUUACGAGCUAAAUGUUCUUGGCACGAGGGGCCCUAGGCGGAUGAACUGCAUCAUGCACUCCAUACCGGCCUCGUCGGUUGAGCCGGGCGGCGUAGUCCCUGGGCAGCCUGACCAGAUCAUGCCCCGAGCUCUAGAGGACUCGUUUCGCAGCAUGAGCUCCUUCUCCAAGUCAUCCAUCAUGGACCGGUCCACGGAUUUCAGCAGCUCCCGUUAUUUCAGCAGCUCCCGGUUUUUGUCGGACAUCGCCGGAGGCGUGAUAAGCCGCGACGAGGACGGAGAGAGCAAGGAGAGGCCGCUGGUGCUCCGCAACAAGGUUCCGAGGUGGCACGAGCAGCUGCAGUGCUGGUGCCUCAACUUCCGCGGCCGCGUGACCAUCGCGUCGGUGAAGAACUUCCAGCUGAUCGCGGCGCCGAGCCAGCCCCCGCCCCCUGCCGCGGGGGCGCCGGCGCCGACCCCGGCCCCCUCGCAGCCCGCCCCGGCGCCGGAGCAGGACAAGAUCAUCCUGCAGUUCGGCAAGGUGUCCAAGGACAUGUUCACCAUGGACUACCGCUACCCGCUGUCGGCGUUCCAGGCCUUCGCAAUGUGCCUGAGCAGCUUCGACACGAAGCUGGCCUGUGAAUAAAACCGGCGACCGACGGAGAUCGACGACACAGGCGCCGUCGAGGGAAUGAAGAAAGUAGAACACUCAUUCCCCCCCAUAGGACUUCCAUUCUAGAUCACGGACACGCCUUUUGCUUGCUUGUAAUUCUGCUUUGUUUGUAGCUUUGUUGGAACUGGACUCGGUAGCAUGUGAUGCUUCGCACCAUGAUUGCUUCCUUUGAAGCUAAGUUUCGUGGAUGCGGUUGGUUCCGGAUUUAACCUAAGGUUCCGUCACCUUCA